AUGGCUCCUAAGAUCUUGCUCACAGGUACCACUGGCUACAUAGGCGGUGAUAGUCUCUACCUCAUCUCCCAGAAGCAUCCAGACUGGGAACUCACAUGCUUGGUCAGGAAUAGUGACAAAGGCGCCAAAGUCGCUGCUGUGUAUCCAAAAGUGAGAUUGGUCUACGGAGACCUCGAUGCCGUCGAAUUGAUAGAAGAAGAGGCUGCCAACUCCGAUAUUGUCUAUCACUUUGCCAACUGCGACCAUGAGCCAUCGGCGCAUGCUAUUGCCAAAGGACUCGCAAGGAGAAAUCGCGAGGGCCCUGGGUACUGGAUACACACGUCUGGAACACUGAUUCUAGGCUGGGAAACAACGGACCUUGCCGAUUUUGGCAAUAGACUCGACAAGGUCUACGACGACUGGGACAAUGUGCACGAGUUGAUAUCUCAUCCUGAUCACGCUGCUCACAGGAACGUUGACAAGAUCGUUUUGGCCGCAUCAUCAGACAAGAUUCAGACGGCGAUUGUGUGCCCUCCAACGAUAUGGGGCCGAGGGCGGGGACCCGACAACACACGCUCAGUCCAAAUUUAUGAGGCGACGGCCAGCUUCUUAAAGCGCGAAAAGGCCUUCAAAGUCGGAAAAGGGGAGAAUAUCUGGCACGAAGUCCACAUUCAUGACUUGUCGAACCUCUACCUUCUCCUCGGCGAAGCUGCUGCGAAUGGCGGCUCACCGGCGACCUGGAAUGACAAGGGCUAUUAUUUAGCUGAGAAUGGUCCCUUCGUAUGGGGAGAUGUCAUCCAGGAGAUCGCAAAUGUCGCACACGAGAAAGGCCUUCUGCCUGAUGCAUCUGUGGAAAGCCUAAGUGCGACGGAAGCUGAAAGAUUCUUACCGCAUGCGAAGUUGAUGAUCGGAACUAAUUCAAGGGGAAUAUCCAUUCGAGGGAAGAAACUGCUGGGAUGGAAACCUAAUAUGCAUGGAAUUAUGGAUGAGAUUCCUGAGUGUGUGGAGAGCGAAGCUCUGCUCCUUGGACUAAUCAAACGCCAUGCCGCGACAGUUGCAGAAUAA